CAGUCCAUUCCCAUUCCUAUUCCCACUCGCUGAGGCCUGGCAUUGGACGCCGAAUACCCUGUAAGGUCUUGGAUGGACAGGGAAAGGGAGAAGGGGAUAAAGGAGGAAGGAAUUGGUCGAAAAGAGAGAGGGAGUGGGAGAGAGAGAGAGCAUUAUGCUGUGGACUGUGGAGCUAGAAGGAGGCCCGCAGCGUGUGAAUCAUGCUGCGGUCGCUGUGGGAGAUAGAAUAUAUUCCUUUGGGGGCUACUGCACGGGGGAAAACUAUCGCACAAUUAGAAAUAUGGAUGUCCAUGUAUUGAACACAGUGACAUACAGAUGGAGAGCCAUAGACAUAAAUCAAGAGCGAGAGUUUGUGCCGUUCCAAAGAUAUGGUCAUACAGCUGUUGCCUUUGGCCAUCUUGUAUAUGUAUGGGGUGGCAGAAAUGAUGUUUCUGCAUGUAACAUUCUUUAUUGUUUUGAUACAAACACUCAUGAAUGGUCUGUUCCUAAAGUCCACGGGCAUGUCCCAGAGGCCAGGGAUGGCCACUCUGCCUGUAUUAUAAACGAUCAUAUGUACAUCUUCUCUGGUUACUUAGAAUACGUAGAAUCAUACACUCAGGACGUUCACACUUUGAAUUUAAGAACAAUGACCUGGUCCUACAUCAAGGCCACAGGUCCAGCCCCAGUAUACAGAGACUUCCACACCGCGACUGGUGUUGAUGGCAUCAUGUAUGUGUGGGGCGGCAGAGAGGUAGCUAGCGGAUGGUACGACUCGCCCGAACACGAAGAAUACGGAGCUGAUCUGUAUGCCCUGGACACUGUCACAAACCGCUGGAGCAUUAUACCUUGUUCUGGCAUGAUACCCAUAGGCAGAAGAUCUCAUUCAGCAUUUGUUUAUAAAGGGCAAAUAUACGUCUUCGGUGGCUUUAAUAGUAGAAAGUGUUUGCAUUUCAAUGACCUGCACAGAUUUGACCCAGUUUUACAUGUAUGGGAAGGGGUGAAACCACUGGGACAAGGCCCAUGCCCCCGGAGGAGACAAUCCUGCUGCGUUGUAGGAUCCAAAAUGUUUCUCUUUGGAGGCACAAGUCCAAAAGAGAAUUACGAUGAGAUACCUGAGGAGGAUCCAAAUGGAGAGGAACAGACUGACCGACGUCUUAAGGACCAUAAUGAUCUUCAUGUGCUUGACUUUGAACCAAGCCUGAAAACCUUAUGCCUGCUGGAAGUGCAGAAGCUGAAGCUGGAAAUAACCUGGUUGCCUCAGGAGUUGAAAACGCUCCUCAAGUUUAUGCAGACGCCCAAUAACAUCACUCGACCUCUGAAUCACACCGGUUGAGCCUCGGAUGAAAAUAUACCACCAGGCAGAAGUUCUUGCGUUUGUACACAAACUCUCUUUGCCCCUGCUUUAGUAUCGAGACCAUACAAAAUUGAAACUAAGCAAAGAUGCUGUACUUUUGUUGCGUGACUACACCUCUGUGGCUUUUAUAUCUGUAUAAUUUGGUAAACUUUGGACGGGCGAGAGGCCCUCCAGCAACCAUAGUCGCAACUUCAAGCACCAGUCUGAGCUUUUCUUGCAAACAAAUGCUUGCUACUUUUCAUACUGCACCAUUUGUAAAUACAGUAUUCUCCUGUAUUUCAGAAAGUCAAGUUAUGGUUGAGGCUUGUAUCUACUGAUUGUUUUGAAAUAUAAAUUAUAUAGCUAUUUUGUACCUGUUGAGAUGCUAGUUAAAGAUUGUAGUUGUUGACAAUAUAAAGUAUAUUGCUGAUUUGUGAGAUUUCAUGAAUUCUGAAUUAGAAAGAUAAAAAAGAAAAUUGGAAAAGCAUGGAGAUAUUGUUGCAUUUACAUUCAGGUAAUGCAUACAUUUUCUCUUUGUUUUCCAUUAUUAUCAUUAUUUUUGUCUCUCUUGGUACAUUAAAGAACAUGAGAUUCCAUAAACCAUGACCUGUCACCUAUGGAUGAUAAAUGUUUUUCAGUGUGAGAAGAUCCUACAGAUAGUCAGGAUCCACUAAAGAUAUUUAUGAUAAAAUAUGUAGAAGUGGCUUUUUUUCUGUACAAAAAAGGUAAAUAGAACCAACGUUUGUGAUAUAGAAUAAUGUGAAAUAUCAAAUUGGAAUUGAUAGUGAUGAGUAUUCUUUGGUUUCUCUCUGUAUUCCAAUUAGUGAGUUUGUAUCAGCAAAUGCAGUUGUAUUGUUACUGGAAAAAACACAAUACCUUCAAGAAUAUGCAUAUCUGAAGACAUCUUUGGUGGUGUCCCUUCUCAUUCAUGCUUGAGUUCCAGGUUUUCUCCUCAUCUCUUCAGUUGUAAUUGGCUGGUGAUAAGUGAUAUUGCCAGGCUGUUUUUUUGCCCGUCUCUGGAUUUUCGUACUAUAAUGUAUUCAAGUAUGAUGUAUUUAUAUUUUGUCUUUAUAAAUAAAAGUAUAACAGCAACA